AUGACUGACGAAGUAGAGCCCGAUGAACAAAAGAAGGUAGUGGUGAAAGAAACCCCAGUGGUGUUCGACGAGGGGACUUUCGUGCACGAAACCGGGGACACCUACGAAGGCGCUUUCGAGGCGAGGAAGAAGGACAGGUUCCUGAAGAUGCACGGUCCCGGCGUCUACACCACGGCAGAAGGCGUUGUAUACACCGGCAACUGGGAAGGCGACCGCCUCGUUGGCGACGAUGUAACCAUAACUUACGCUGACGGCUCUAAAUACGAGGGAUCAAUCAAAGACUGGACCUACAACGGUAGAGGCAAAUACACGUAUCCCGAUGGCACGGUGUUGAACACGGAAUUUGUUGAGAACUGUCCUGUGAAAUAUAUGGCGCUGACAGAUCCGAACGGCCAUGUGUGGUUGGGAAGGGCGGACGUCGGGUUUGGACUGCUGGAACCUUGGAACCACUACUAUCAGGCGUUAGAAAGACCGAGUGAGAAAUCGCAGAGUAGCCAGGAAAGGUCUGUUCAACAUAACUAGAAAAACAACGGACAAUACGGUCAGAUAUUUUUUUAUACUUACCGAAAUACCAUACUUUGUCAAAGGAAGGUUACGCGGACAAUGUUUUUGACACGCAUUUAACUGGAUACUGAGCAGUUGCUUAGUACCUACCCAGAUUUGCUGAAGGUUGCUAAUCACUAUUGCACGCUAUUUUGCUCUGUAGCUACUUCCUGCUUCGGAUUAUAUUAUUUUAAGACGAAA